GACAAAAUACGGACAAGAAAAAAACAUCACGGCAAGGAAGGCUGUUGUCCGUGUUCCUCUUAUUUCUUGUUUAUCACCAAUAUCCUUUAUUUCUGGAACUCGAGGCUGAUUACAGAACCAUGACAGCUGUGAUGGAGACAGGAGGAGGAGGAGGAGGAGGAGGAGGAGGAGGAGGGGAGGAAAAUCUCUCUCUUACUUCCAAAGAUGCUGUUCUUUCCUCCAGUGCUCUUUUGAAUAGCACCACCACCACCACCACUGCCACCACUGCCACCACCACCACCACCAACCCCAAUAUUGAGAGCCCUGAUUCAGCUAUUGGAGGAACACCCCCCGCCUCCACCCCUGACCAUCUCUCCCCCACCACCCCCACAACUGCCAGUGAUCGAGGAAGUGGAGGAGGAGGAGGAGGAGGAGGAGGAGGAGGAGGAAAACUGAAGGACGUAGAGAGCCAGGAGACAAUGGAGGGAAUGGAGAGAACUUCUUCCGAUGAGGAGGGAUAUGAGGAAGAUGAUGAGGGGGAGGAGGAGGAGGAGGAGCUGUCGCCGGAGGAGGAAGAGGAGGAGGAAGAGUUGGUAGUGACAGCUUCAAUGCAGUUUCCCUUUAAAAAGAAAGCAUCACCAUCAGGAUGCGAAAGUGACAUUGAAGACAACGACCAAGAAGAAGAAGAAGAGGAAGACAGGAAGAUAAACAAUGGGGUUAAAGAAGAAGAAGAGGAGGAGAAGGAUGAUAAACAAACCGACCACCACCAUCACCACCACACACCUGCCACACACCUGCCAGACACAGUGACCUGUUUAAACACACCUGAGGGCAGUGCGGUGUACCUUGUUGGGACGGCUCAUUUCUCCAGAGAGAGUCAGGAGGAUGUGGCCAAUACCAUCCGCUCGGUAAGGCCAGACGUGGUGGUGGUUGAACUGUGCAAAGCCAGAACAGCAAUUUUACAGCUCGAUGAAGAAACAAUACUGCAAGAAUCUCGAAGUCUAGAUCUUAGAAAGGUACAAAUGAUUAUGAGGCAACAUGGAAAAGUGCAAGGAAUUCUCUAUCUCCUUCUCUUGUCUGUGUCUGCCCACAUCACCAAGCAGCUGGGGAUGGCGCGGGGAGAGUUCAGGAUGGCCUUUGCAGAGGCCAGGAGGUCCGCCCCGGGGUGUGUCAUUCAGCUCGGAGACAGGCCGAUUCAGGUCACACUGUCCCGCGCCCUUGCUUCUCUCUCCCUGUGGCACAAGAUUAAGCUAACCUGGCAUAUCUUGACCUCUAAGGAGCCUAUAAGCAAGGAGGAGGUGGAGAAAUGCAAACAGAGGGACUUCAUUUUGGAGAUGUUGGCCGAAAUGACUGGACAGUUUCCGGCAAUAAGCGAAGUAUUUGUCAAAGAGAGGGAUGUUUACCUCUGUCGGUCCCUUCAAGUCGCUGCCCAGCCUCUCCCCGGCCCUGGAAAGGCGCCGAGGGUGGUGGUGGGUGUUGUAGGGAUUGGCCAUGUCCCAGGCAUCAUUGAACUGUGGGGCAAGGUGACGGAAGCUGACAUUGUGCCUAUUAUGAGAAUUCCACCUCCUACUCUAUCAAAUCGCCUUCUUAAACUGGGUCUGCGGACAAGUCUGUAUGGCCUAGUUGGGUACGGUCUCUUCCGCUGCCUCCCACGCUCCGCCCAGGCCUCCAUCCACUCUGCAAUCCACUCAGCCAUCCACUCAGCCAUCCACGCCACUUCUGCCGCCUCGAACGCCCUCCUGCCUGCCAGAUUUUACGGGAAAUAGUGGAUCUUUGCUCUUGUGGAAGAUACGAGAGAGAGUAACAUGGAGGAGGAAGAGGAGGAGGAGGGAAGGAGGAAGAGGUGUAAGGAGGAGGAGGAG